GUGUUGGUGUGUUACCUCCAGGAUGGACCUCCUGCUCCUCCUCCUGCUCACCUCCUCGCUCCUCUCCACCUACUUCCAUCCAGGGAGAACGGCGGACGCACAGACAUUAUUCAGUAUCAGAGACGUGUCCCUGUCCAUGGAGCCGAGUCCUGACGUGACCCGGGACACCAACGUGACGUUGCGGUGCCGGGCGGAGGUCAUCAGCGCGGGACACGAGGCGCUGAGUCGAGAGUACACGAUUUACAAGGACAGCAGCGUCGUGUACACCAAGACCUCCAGCUCCUCCGAGGACCUGCUGUACCCGCUGGACCAGGCCCGCGUCUCCAACAGCGGCAAGUAUCGGUGUAGGGUGACCAUCGACGGGAAACAGGUGACCAGCGACGCCAAGAAGCUCUCAGUGACAGGCCUUUCUAAACCAGUCCUCCGCCUCAACAAGGGCGUGGUCAGUGAAGGGGAGGAGAUAACCGCCAACUGUUCAGCUCCUGCUGAGACUGGAUCCAUCUUCUUCUACUUCUACGAGGGAUCCAAAGAGAUCCUGGAGAAGCAGGUCCACUCCAACCAGGCCGAGGCCAAGCUGCGCUUCUCCACCGUCGGCGUCCACAGGAUCCACUGCGCCUACACGGUCCUCGUAACGCCAGAGUCCUUCAAGUCUGAGGAGAGCAACACCGUCACUGUUUCAGUCAAAGCGCUUCCCAUCGCAGCCGUUCUGGAGGUUUCCCCCCAGUCCAGCGUCUAUGAAGGCGACCAGCUGGACAUCUUGUGUAGCGUCAGGAACGUCCUGCACAGCUCCGACAGCAUCCAGCUGUACCUGAGCCAGGGCACCAAGCUGCUGAACCACGGGACCACCAGGGUCAACCACAGCAUGGUGGCUCUGGCCCAGGACCCCGCAGAGUUUGAGUGCAGAUUAGAGAUGGGAGACAUCGCUAAAUCUGACACUCAGACUGUCUCAGUGACCGAGUUGUUCUCGGUGCCGACUCUCACCAAGUCUCCUGCUGAAGUCUUCCACAGGGAAUAUAUGACUCUGACUUGUAAAAGUGAGAGUUUUGCCUCUGAGAGACUGGACCGGGACGAGCUGACUUACAGUCUGGACCCCCCACUGGCCCCCCAGGGCCCCGGGGUCUUUAAGGCCUUGGCCCUGCUGAGUGAGUUAAACUACACCUGUAUCGCUGCAGCCAAAGGAAUCAGGAAACACAGCCAGAUCCUGACUGUUCGUCCUAAAGUUUCUGUCUCCACUCCAAGGAUCUCGGUGGAUGGUAAAGUCAUCCUAGGAAGGCCCUUCAGGAUCCUCUGUGAGUCGGACACUGGCAGCCUGCCCAUCACCUACAACCUGAUGAGGGGCUUCACCCAACUGGACAACUUCACAGUGGAGCAACGCUUCCAACAAGCUUUCUUCACAGUCCAAAUCACCAAUCCUGAAGAAAUAACCAAAUACAUGUGUGAGGCGAAGAACAGUCAGAGGGCACCCCUACUCGGCAAAAGACUCGACGCAACUGUCAUAGUGCCGCUGGCCCACCCGACACUGACCGUCAUCCCCCACAUCCCAGAAAUCUCUGAGGGAGAUGAUCUCUACCUCAUCUGUGGUGUCACCGGGACGCCGCCAGUCACCUUCAAGUGGUACCGUGAUGGCACUCAGAAGCCACUGAACAUCAGCACCACCAGCACCAACAACACAGACUACCGGGUCACCGGGUUGUCCAAAGAGCACAGCGGCACCUAUUACUGCGAGGCCGUCAACCACGCCAACACCGUGGUCAGUGACAAGGUCACUAUCGAGGUGCGCCUGGCGUUGUGGAAGAAGGCGCUCAUCGGGGGUUUCUGUCUGCUGGGCCUGGCGGUGCUGGUGGCGGUGCUGGUGCUGUGGUUCAGAUCCAAGAGAGGUAAAAAAGAAGCAGCUGCUGAAUUGUCAGUAAAGCCUUCGAGCCCUAAAUCAGAUGACUCUUUAACAGUGAAUCUAACCCACGACACAGAGGUUUAUAACGCAGCCACAGGCGCAGCGCCUAUCUUUGACGUGUCGGAGGGGAGAGGGACCAACGGGGCCCGAGACAGUGUGGCGUCUCUUCCCGUUGACAUCAGCAGCAGGAGCAGCUACAGUAUCCCCGCCACCGUGUAGAGUUACACCUAUAAAACACUUUCAGAGAAACAGGAAGAAGUUCUUGCAAAAAAGGACUUUGAGAGCAAAAAUGGAAAGCAACACAAGAGGCAGUUAUCCUGUUCGUCAAGUCAAGAGUUGUGAGAUUUGGACACUUUUCACUUCCACUGAUGAAUUAUUCCGUUGUAAAGGAGGGCGUGUUUUAAAAAACAAUAAUAACAACAAGGACCUGCUGCUCCCUCUCCCUCCUCCUGCAACCAGACGGGCUUUCAUUUUCACUUUAUACGUCACAUAACAACUGUCUGUCCUCUGUUCCUUCACUGCAAAAACCAACUGACAAAAACAAGAAAUAAAUAACUAGAAUUAAGCUCGAAACAAGUCAAAUUAUCUGUCAGUGCAGUAAGUAAAUGUUACUUUGUAAGAAUAAUUUAAAUAAGUAAAAAUAUCUAGACACUGGAAAAACAAUGAUGUCUGGAAAUGAAUCCAAUUAUAUUUAUUUUGACCAAUUGUGGCUUGAAAAGCCCGACUGUAGUAACAUUAAAAUAAGCCAGAAAUACUUGAAACGAGCACGUUUUUUCCUCAUUCCAGUAUCUGUGGGUAGAUACUGGUGGUAGAAAAUACUUUUGAAAUAUCAUUUAAACUUCAUGCAACUAAAACUCUCAACUGGAGCCAAUAUUUGAGGUAAAAACUCACCAUAUUCAACAGUUGAAUAGAUUGAAAAGCAUGAAAAAGCUCACAAUGUCAAUCCUAAAAACAAGUCUUUACACAAGACUGAAAUCCCUGUGAAGAGGUUAUUCACUCAUUUUAGUUACAAAAAGUUAAAAUAAGCACAUAAAGCUAUGGUCAGUAGGUAAAUUAUACUCAGAACUAGAUAAUUAAGAUAUUAUUGCUGGAUAUAAGAAGAAAAUACUUGGUUAGCUUGAUGUUUUGCAGUGUUUGAGCACCAUGUCAGUGUGAUUUCAUGUCCUUCAUUGUUUCAACUGCUCUGUUUGUCUGAUCAAAAUGUUUAAAUGGCCUUCUUGGUGACAGAUUUGUAUAUACAUUUUAUUUUUCACCAUCACAGGAAAUGUGUGUAUAUAUUUUUGGUUGAUCCCUUGACUGGUUGGAAGAGUAGAAUAAAGACGUUGGUUUUAUUUAGAAGUGUGUCACUUCAUUUUGCUCCAGCUGUCUGAAGAUAAAAACACUUUCAUACUGAACAAAAUG